AUGAAUGGCGUCCUCACCGUCGCCGCCAAUACAAUGAUACGAUUAUCGGGCAUUAUCAAAUCACAAUCACCACCACUAGGUCAGUUCAAUCUUUUCCCUCUCAUCAAACCCUUUUCAUUAUCGUCCUCUCCAAUCCCACAAACCCUCGGUUCAGAUCCUAUUGAACCCCCACUCGACCUCUCGUCUCAGCUCCUUUCUCUCCUCGCCCACUUCAAUUGGCAAAAACACCCGUCCCUCAAAAAACUAAUCCCCUCCAUAUCCCCAACACUCCUCGCCACCUUCUUCAUCCAGAACCCCAAUCUCAAUCCCCAAGCUGCACUCUCCUUCUUCAACUUCCUCUCCCAAAAACCCACCUUCAAACCCAAUGUCCACGCCUAUUCUUCUCUUUUGCAAAUUCUUAUCCCCAAUAAAUUCUUUAGUGUUUCUGAAAAACUCCGUAUUUCGAUGAUCAAGGCCAUGGAAUCACCGGAAGACGCUCAUUUUGUAUUGAAUGUUUUGAAAAAAAUGAAUAAUUCUGAUGAUGCGUUCAAAUUUAAGCUUUCUAUUAGGUGUUAUAAUACAAUGCUAAUGAACUUAUCGAGAUUUCUUAUGAUUGAUGAAAUGAAAUGCGUGUAUCUGGAAAUGUUGGAUGAUAAGGUCUGCCCAAAUAUUUAUACGUUUAAUGCAUUGGUUAAUGGUUAUUGUAAGUUGGGGAAUGUGGGUGAGGCUGAGUUGUAUGUAAGUAAGAUUUUGCAAGCUGGGUUAAGUCCGGAUACACAUACUUAUACGUCAUUGAUUUUGGGGCAUUGUAGGAAUAAGGAUGUAGAUAGUGCAUUUAGGGUGUUUAAGGUUAUGCCACAAAUGGGUCUCAGAAGAAAUGAGGUUUCAUAUAACAAUUUGAUUCAUGGAUUUUGUGAACUUGGGCGGAUAGAUGAAGCUAUUAGAUUCUUUGAUCAAAUGGGUGAGGAUAAUUGUUGUCCAAACGUGAGGACAUAUACAGUCCUCAUUUAUGCAUUGUGUGGAAUAGGUAGGAAAGUAGAAGCACUAAAUUUAUUUAAGGAAAUGACGGAGAAAGGUUGUGAACCGAAUGUUCAUACAUAUACAGUUCUCAUUGAUGGUAUGUGUAAGGACAAGAAGCUUGAUGAAGCAAGGGACUUGCUAAAUGUAAUGUCUGAAAAAGGUUUGGUUGCAAAUGUGGUGACAUACAAUGCUUUCAUUGAUGGGUACUGUAAGGCAGGAAUGAUUGAUGCUGCACUUGAGGUAGUUGACUUGAUGGAAUCAAACAGUUGCAGUCCAAAUGUUCGCACAUACAAUGAGUUGAUUUGUGGGUUAUGCAAAGCAAAAAAAGUGCACAAGGCAAUGGCACUACUUACUAAGAUGCUUGAGCGAAAGCUGUCACCUAAUUUGAUCAGCUAUAACUUGUUGAUUCAUGGUCAGUGUGAAGUGGGUAAUAUAGAUUGUGCUUUUAGAUUGCUCAUUUUGGUGAAUGAGAAUGGUUUGGUUCCUGACCAAUGGGCUUAUGGUGCUCUUGUGGAUGCCCUAUGUAAAAAGAGGAGGACUGAAGAAGCUCAUACCCUAUUUGACUCUCUAAAGGAGAAGGGUGUAAAGACAAAUGAAGUGAUUUAUACUUCUUUGAUAGAUGGUUAUUGCAGAGCAGAGAAAACUGAUGUUGCCCUAACAUUGUUUGAGAGAAUGCUAAAAGAAGAAUGCCUUCCAAACUCAUCCACCUACAAUGUGCUGAUUGAUGGGCUAUGUAAAGAGAGUAAGGUGCAUGAAGCAUCCCUGCUACUGGAAAGGAUGGUAAAUGUUGGCGUGAAACCCACCGUUGUUACUUACACAAUUCUCAUUGAUCAAAUGUUAAAAGAAUAUGCUUUUGACAACGCUUAUAGAGUUUAUAACCAAAUGCUUUCCUUGGGAUAUAAGCCUGAUGUAUGCACUUACACUUCAUUUCUUCUUGCAUAUUGCAACCAAGGAAAGUUGAAAGAAGCGGAGGAUGUGAUGUCAAAAAUGAGUGAGGAAGGUGUCCUGCCUGAUUUGAAGACUUACACUGUAUUAAUUGAUGCAUAUGGACGAUCAGGAUUGACACAUCGUGCUUUUGAAGUUCUCAAAUGUAUGGUUGACUCUGGAUGUGAACCUUCUCCCUAUACCUACUCAGUUUUAGUCAAGCAUCUCUCAAAUGAAAAGCAUAUGAAAGAAAGCGGCAAGAGAAUAGGACUUGAGCCAAAUAAAAAUGUCCCCUCCAUUAAUAUUGCUGAUGUGUGGAAAAUAAUGGAAUUUGAUACUGCUCUGGAGCUCUUUGAGAAAAUGAUUGAACACGGUUGUUCACCUACUGUGAACACUUACAAUGCACUCAUUUCAGGACUUUGCAGAGAAGGGCGUUUUCAAGAAGCCUGGAGGUUAGUUGGUCAUAUGAAAAAUAAAGGACUGUCUCCCUGUGAAGAUAUGUAUAACUCUCUCUUGAAUUGCUACUGCAAGUUGGGAAUGUAUGAGGAAGCAGUGGGGCUGCUUGACACUAUAGUUGGUCUUGGUCUUUUACCACAUCUGGAGUCAUAUAAGCUUCUUAUUUGUGGGUUGUAUGAUGAAGGAAAUAAUGAGAAGGCUAUGGCAGUUUUCUCUAGUCUUCUUCAGUGUGGGUUCAAUCAUGAUGAAGUAGCUUGGAAGCUUUUAAUUGAUGGCUUACUUAUGAGGGGUCUUGUUGACAGAUGCUCUGAACUGGUGGAUGUCAUGGAGGAGAAAGGUUGCCAUCUCAAUACUCAAACAUAUUCGAUGCUUAUUGAGGGACUAAAUGAUAGAACAAAUGAGAUUUCAAAGGAAUGCUUAAAGAGGAGUAUCCUCCACAAUUCACAUGAUGGGAAUUCAUAUACAAGCAAAGUGAAUUACCAACACAGUUCAGUUGGAGUUCUUUAUAUCCUGGACCUUUUGGUCUGUGAAGGAGAUUUUGAAGAGGGUGAGCUGCCAUCAUGCCCCUUUGGAGAUUGCAAUGGAGAGCUUAGCUCAGUCCAUACCGACAGUUUGAGGUCAAGUUCAGGCUUCCGUAUUGAUCAGUUGCAGUUAGCCACUCCAACCACCAGGAAAGUUGUCAGGGAUAUGGCAUCCUAUUUUAUUGGGAACAAAAGGAGUAAGAGUCAGUUAGAAAGCGCUCCCAGGAUUGUAAGGAGCAAUAACACUGAUCUUACAGGAAAGAAGAUCGAGCAACAAUGCGCUAUGGGAGAUUUACAAGGAAGUUCUGCAACUAUUCAAGCAACAAUUGAUGGUUUUGCAAGUUCAUUCUAUGGUUGCAUGAUGCAUAGAAAGGAACAAAAAAGCAGAGUGCUGGAGAAGAGAGACAGAGAGAGAGAGUCCAUGGUUAAAGCUGACAAGCUACACGUAGUUGUGUUCCCAUGGUUAGCCUUUGGUCAUAUUAUCCCAUUCUUAGAGCUUUCCAAGCUCAUAGCUGGGAAGUGUCACAAAGUCUCCUUCAUAUCAACCCCUAGAAACAUUGAUCAACUGCCAAAAUUUCCUCCAAACUCAGCUCCUCUACUGAGUUUAGUGAAGCUCCCUGUAUCCCAAGUCGACAACUUCCCUGAACAUGCAGAGGCCACCAUUGACGUGCCCUAUGACAAGGUCCAAUAUUUGAAAAAAGCCUUCGACGGUCUCCAAACUGAGUUGACUCAGUUCCUCAAGAUCUCAAACCCCGAUUGGAUCAUCUAUGACUUUACCUCUCACUGGUUGCCCCAAAUUGCAAGUCAACUUGGCAUUGCACUUGCCUUCUUUAGUACAGUAAAUGCAUGGUCCGGGGCUUUCUUUGGAUCGGCGAUCACCAUGGCGAACUCCGCUGAUUAUCGUACGAAGCUGGAGGACUUCACCGUCGCACCGAAAUGGGUUCCAUUUCCAUCUUUUAUCGCUUUUCGGCUCCAUGAGAUAAAGAGAUUGUACAACAGUGUUGAUGACAAUAUUUCUGGCAUUUUGGACGCGUCGCAUUUUGGGAAGACUGUAAUGGGAUGCGACGUGUUUCUCAUAAGGAGCUGUACAGAGCUUGAACCUAACUGGUUGGACCUCUUGCAAGAGCUCCAACAUAAGCCAGUUGUACCAGUAGCACUCGGGAGCGAGGUGACACCGAGUCAAGCUGAACUCACAGAGUUGGCUCUAGGGUUAGAGCUUUGUGGUUUGCUCUUCUUUUGGGCUCUAAGGAAGCAGCAUGACUUGGCCAACUCGUUUGAGUUACCAGAUGGGAUACUAGCACAUGACUCGGUGGGUGUUUUCGUGACUCACUGUGGUUGGAGUUCAGUCAUUGAAGGACUGCAAUUUGGGCGGCCAUUGAUCAUGCUGCCUUACUUGGGAGACCAAGGGUUGAUUGCUAGCGCUAUGGAAGAGAAGAAAGUUGGAAUAGAGAUACCAAGAAACGAAGAAGAUGGCUCGUUUACUCGGAACUCGGUAGCUGAGUCACUGAGUUUGGUGGUGGUUAAUGUUGAAGGAAGGACUUAUAGGGAGAAAGCAAAGGAGAUGAAGACAACAUUUGGAGACAAAGAUCUUCAUAGCCAAUACAUAGACAAACUGGUCGAGUACCUUAAAAAACAUAGGCAUCUUCCCACCGACGAUUAA